GUUGCUGAUCAGUUUCUGAAUUGUUGCACAUAUACGAGCCAAAAACAACAAGUGUAGUUUUCGACCACUUGUGCUUUGUUGCUGGUACAUUUUUGAUGAUACAAGCGAGAUAAACUAUGCGCAGAAAGAUUACACCAUGCAUUGAUCGGCGUAGAAAUUACUUUAUUCUUCUGGGAUCAGUUUGGUUUAGUUUGAUGUUCUUUUUGUGGAUAAACGUUGAUAAACUUGACCUGAAUGGGCCGUAUGCCAACUCUACAAAGUUGUCUGUUCAAAGACUUGUGGAAAACAAUUGUAACGUGAUACUUCAAUCCGACAAACAGCUUAAAGUUUUCGAACAACCAAAAAAUCAAUACAAACCUCGAGCGAAUAGUUUGCUCAGUGGAAAUCGCGCAGGUUCAGCUUAUUCGCCGACUGUCCGUUCACACUCCGCCAUUAACAAAGAUUCGGGUGAAGGCGAGAACGUAAUUAUAGACAGUGAUAAAACUGUUAUAGACAAUCAUCCAAAUGAAACAUCAGCCAUUGCCAAGUUGAGUUUAUUUCCUAGAUCUCCACCUCAAAGAAGUGACAAGUACUCAAGGGGUCCAGGUGAGUAUGGUAGAGCUUUUAUAGUAGAUCGCAAACGGUUAUCAUCGGCCGAAAAACUGAUAUUCAACAAAGGUUGGAAAGAUAAUGCCUUUAAUCAGUAUGCUAGUGACCGAAUUAGUGUGAGACGAUAUUUACCAGACUAUCGAGAGGGCAUGUGUAAAGUUAGUAAAUAUGGAACCAAUCUGCCCUCAGCGUCUGUUAUAAUUUGUUUUCAUAAUGAAGCUUGGUCAGUAUUAUUACGUUCAGUACAUUCAGUGAUAGAUCGAUCUCCACCAAAUUUGUUAAAGGAAAUUAUACUUGUUGACGAUUUCUCUGAUCGUCCUCAUCUCAAAGAAGCAUUGGAAGAAUACAUGAAAAUGUUAAAUGUAGUCAAAAUUGUUCGUACUAAACAACGUGAAGGAUUGAUUAGAGCAAGAAUGAUUGGUGCAGAACACAGUACUGGGAAAGUGCUCGUAUUUCUAGAUUCGCAUAUUGAAUGUACGACAGGUUGGCUUAAGCCGCUUCUAGAUCGUAUUGCUCAUAAUGUCACAAAUGUUGUUGUGCCUGUAGUAACGAUAAUAGACGAAAAUACUUUUGAAUAUCUUAAAGUAGAUUAUUCUUACACUGAAAUUGGUGGAUUUGAUUGGAGUCUAACAUUUGACUGGCAUGAACUAAGUGAACGAGACAAAAAACGUCCUGGUGCACCAUAUUCACCUAUUAGAACCCCUACAAUGUCAGGUGGUUUGUUUGCCAUAAGUCGUGAGUAUUUUGACCAUCUGGGUAGAUAUGAUCCUGGUAUGGAAGUAUGGGGAGGUGAGAACUUAGAAUUAUCAUUUAAAAUUUGGAUGUGUGGUGGUAGUUUAGAAACGGUGAUUUGUAGUCAAGUUGGGCAUGUUUUCCGUAGUGAUUCGCCAUAUAAUUGGUCUGUUAAUGUAGAGGAUCCAUUAAAACGAAAUCUACUUCGUUUAGCUGAGGUUUGGCUUGAUGAUUACAAGCGAUUUUUUCAUGAACGUAUCGGAUACAAACUAAUUGAUUUUGGAGAUGUUUCAGAACGUAAAGCCUUAAGAGAAAAACUGAAAUGUCACUCAUUUGAUUGGUAUUUAACCAAUGUUUAUCCUGAAUUAUUUGUUCCUUCGAAAGCUUUGGCUUCUGGUGAUAUUGAAAGUGUUAGUGGUCCAUAUUGUUUAGAUGCACCAUCGCCUUCUAAUGAAGAUUCAAAAUCAGUGAUUAUCGAAACUUAUCCAUGUCAUAAAAAAGGAAGUAAUCAAUUCUGGUUAUUGACAGCGGAAAAACAAAUUAGACGAGAUGAUUAUUGCUUUGAUUCGCAUUUUGAAAAUCGUAGUGUUGGUUUACGUAUAUGUCAAACUUCAUGUGAAAGUCAAGAGUUCACCUAUGAAAUAGAUAACACGAUCCGUCAUCUAGGUCAAUGUUUGGAAAUCAAUCUUGAAAAAUUGACAGUAAAACUUACUGAAUGUUUUGGAUCUGUAAAUCAACAAUGGAAAUUUAAUCGGAAGCCAUAUCUACCAUCUGUGAAUAGUCACUAA